CCCACGCUGGUAAUUUGGCGCCAAAGCCGCUGUGGGGGUCACCAUGGCGACCGGGAGGGAAGUGAGGAGCAGGAACCUGCCCUGGGUGGAAAAGUACCGGCCUGAAACCCUGAAUGAUCUGAUUUCCCAUCAAGACAUUCUUAGCACAAUUCAGCGGUUUAUCAGUGAAGACCGGCUCCCUCAUCUGCUGUUCUAUGGACCCCCAGGGACUGGCAAGACAUCUACUAUAUUGGCUUGUGCCAAACAACUGUAUAAGGACAAAGAGUUCAACUCCAUGGUUCUCGAGCUGAAUGCAUCUGAUGACCGAGGCAUUAACACAGUGCGUGGACCGGUUCUGAGUUUUGCAAGCACAAGAACAAUUUUCAAGAAAGGUUGUAAGCUUGUUAUCCUGGAUGAGGCAGACGCAAUGACUCAAGAUGCUCAGAAUGCCCUCAGACGGGUUAUUGAGAAAUUUACAGAAAACACCAGGUUUUGCCUGAUUUGCAACUACCUGUCAAAGAUCAUCCCGGCUCUGCAAUCUCGAUGCACCAGGUUCCGAUUCGGACCACUGGCUCCCGAACAGAUGAUUCCGAGGCUGGAGUAUGUCAUCCAACAGGAAAAUGUGGACAUCACUCCGGAUGGACUGAAAGCGAUUGUGACCCUUUCCAACGGGGACAUGCGUCGAUCUUUGAACAUUUUGCAGAGCACAAACAUGGCGUACGACAGAGUGACGGAGGAUACAGUGUACAGGUGUACUGGGCACCCACUGAAAUCAGACAUCGCGAAUAUCCUUGACUGGAUGCUAAACAAGGAUUUCACCACCGCGUACAAGAAUAUCAUGGAGUUAAAGACAUUAAAGGGAUUAGCACUGCACGACAUUCUGACUGAGAUUCACACUUUUGUACACAGAGUUGAUUUCCCGCCUACAGUUCGCAUCCAUUUAUUGAUCAAGAUGGCAGAUAUCGAGUACAGGCUGGCUGCUGGCACGAGUGAGAAAAUCCAGCUCGGCUCACUGAUCGCCGCAUUUCAAGUCGCCCGUGACAUGGUUGUCGCUGAAGUCGAAUAACUCGCUUUUUUUUUUCCUCCUCCCUUUGAACGCGGUAACUUCCCAAUCAUGUGCUGCUUAAUUUUAACCCAUUCCAAUUAGAGCAAGUCGAUUCCGGUUGUGAGAGCUUUGCUUCAAAUAAAAUUUUCUAUUGGUUGUU